AUGACACUUCUGCAUUUAUUCCAAGAAAUAUUCACAUGUAUAUUUUUAUCUUGUGCAUGACGAAACCUCCCCUUUGACUGACCCCAUUGUAUCCAGAAUGUUUCUGAAAUUCCUCUCUUUUAUUUUAGUUUCAUGUUUGGUUUUGAUAUACACAAUCCCGGUGUAAUGCGUAUUCUUAUGAUUCAACUGUGAAUUCUGCAUUUAUUUUCACCACAUUUUACUACACUGAUAUGUCUACUAUGAAUCAAUUCAUGCGCACCUUACAUAGACUUAGUGCAUUUGCAUCUUUUUAGUCUAAUGUGAAGUUGGGUUCGGAUAUAUGUAGUAUUUUCCAUGGCUGUGCAUCACCAGUAACAUGUCUGAUGAGAGCAUUAUAUCACUCCCAUCCUACCGUGCUGAUCAAAAGUAGCAUAAACUUCAAUGACAUUUUAAUACAUUACAUCUUGUGCCCUGCAAGUUAUGCUUCAAGCCAAUGUUGGCUGAUUCUAACUGUUUCAAAACAUACAAGGCCCAAAAUCUAACAUACACCAAUGAAACGAGUGGGUUUGAAGUCAAAGGGCAAUAAUCAUUCAGAACUGUUUCAAACAUGUGCUAUUUUACUUGCAAGCAAUCAGGCAGUUUCUUCACUAUCUUACAUGUACUGAACUUGAGAUUAAUAAAUGGAACAACAACCCUUAAAGAUAAUUACAUAGUGCCUAGUCACAUAUAGAAAUCAUCUAUGGGAUUCGAUACGAGAUAAAACAUGCCUGAGAAAAAGAAGCAAAAGUCAUAA